ACUUUACAAAAUAUUUUCUAGGAAUUCUUCCCUUGUGUAAAUCAACAAACUGUUGUACAGCCAAAGUCCUGCAAAUUAUUUGAAUAAUAUAUUCUAAAUAUCUUGCAUGUAGUGGCAUUGAGCAAUUAUUGUAUGUAUCAUUUUUUAUUUCUCCCGGCCCAAAACACCUGUGAUCAGUGCUUUCUUCGGGCCACUGACAGUACGCGCUCGGUCAGUGUGCAGCUUCCCUCUCAGCGGCUGUUACUUUCCCUUUGCUUUGUCUGCUCGCCUGCUGCCACCGCCUCCUCCUCUCGUCGCUUUGUCCACUUGGCCCCCUGCCACUGCUGCCUUCUCCUACCCCGGAGUCGCCAAUGUACUCCACCUUGGUGGGUGGGGUAGGAGGGGAGAACGGGUGUAUUUUAUAGUUGACGGCAGACUAAGGCAGGAGCUGGCAGCCAGGGGCUGCGGCUUGGGAGAAGCUCGAUGGUGCAGAUGACAGCAGCAACUAGAAACGAAGUGCUUGGUCUUUAUCGAAGAAUCUUCAGAAUAGCAAGAACAUGGCAGUCAAUAACAGGCUUAACAGAUGACACUUUAAAAGAAAAACAAUACAUCGUCAUGGAGGCCAAAACGUUAUUCAGAAAAAAUAAAAAUUUGACAGAUGUAGAGGCAAUUAAAAACUGCAUAAUGGAAUGCCACACAAGGAUAGAGAUGGGAUUACAUUAUAGAAUUCCUUAUCCAAGACCUAUACAUUUACCUCCUAUGGGACUUGCUGAUAAAAAAGGACGAAAGUUUAAAAUGCAAGAGAGGCUGAGGAAAUUUGCCAAACCAGUGUACCUGCAGUCACAUGAGGAAAUGGAUUAGUGACACUUAAACAUUUUUGAUUGUGUGGAUAUGAUUUAUUACUUAAGUCGCAUUGUUUUUUUAAGUACUGAAUUUUUUAUUAUGAAAAUCCAUAGGGUACAGUAAUAUGUUUAAAUUAAUAAAUAUCCAUUAGAAUUGCCUUGAGUAGAAUUAUUUUUAACUUUGUCAUUUGGGAUAUUGUACAAUACUCUCAAAAUAAGUACAUCAUGAAAAAUAGAAUGGCA